CCCUCUCUCUCUCUCUCUCUCUCUCUCUCUCUCUCUCUCUCCUCCCAGUCCGGACCGAGCGGAUCUCUUUGUUGCGGCUGCAGCAGCUUCUCUCCGCGCACCGUCUCCUGACACACACCAGCCCGGGAGGAUCACUGUCAGCGCGCGGUAGGGUGGGGGGGGAAAGGAUCCCUUACAUGUGCACCACCCUGCCAGAUAAACCCCGCCUGUACCCUGCGGUGGACACGGCGCGGAGCCGCGCUGCGGAGGACGGACGGAGGGACGCGCGCAUGGCGGGGAUGCCUCCGCUGCUUCCUCGCUGCACGAGCCGGAGCCCGGCGUCCUGAACCCGCGGAAUAUCCCUCCGCACAUCCCUCCAUCUUCAGCUCCUUUCUCCCCCGUAUAAGUGCUCUCCCCCCUCCCCCCCCCCCCCCCCCCCCCUGGACGGGGUGUUUCUGUGGUUUUCUGCUGCUUCCCGGAGGGAUUUAACCUGAGUGAAACCUGCACCGAGACAGACAAGCGGAGGGGGGUCGUGUGCGUCCUGGUCCUGGUGUGCCUGUAACCAAGGCACGGAGCAUCAUCAUGUGGAUCAUGGUGUCAGGCCCCGGGAGGAGACGGGGUCCCGAGCGCUACCUGGUGUCCGCCUGUCUGCUGUCGGUGCUGCUCCACCUGCCCGGGGCUCGGGCCACCUACCCCGCCCACAGCGGCGAGUGCAGAGGCAAAGGGAAGGACUGCGCAGACCUGUCGGAGAAGAAGAGCGACCUGAGGGUGUGUGAUGACUCCAGCUGUCGGUUCGGCGGCGUCUGCCGAGACGACGGCGCUCAGCUCAAAUGUGUCUGCCAGUUCCAGUGUCACAAGAACUACGUCCCGGUGUGCGGCUCCAACGGGGACACCUACCAGAACGAGUGCUACCGGCGCCAGGCGUCCUGCAAGCAGCAGCGCCUCAUCUCCCGGGCCUCGGACGGGCCCUGCACUCCCGAUCCGGUUCUGGUUCAGGAGACGGAGACGAUGACGAGGGCUCGGCCUCCGACGGGGGGAAGAAGUUCACCAAGUGCAGCACGUGUAAAUACGGAGCCGAGUGUGACGAGGACUCGGAGGGACUCUUGAGGGGCUGGA